ACGGGAAUGCGAGUAGCGCUAUUGGCCGGUGCUUGCCCCGCUUUUCGCCGAGAUAGGCGGGCAGGAAGGAAAAGCGGCGGCCGAGGCGGCUUGGCGGGGCAAGAGAUUUUUCCCGACAAAUCUAUUAGCCAUGGAAGCUGAAGAGACGAUGGAUUGCAUUCAGGAAUUUCCAGAACAUUAUAAAGUAAUUUUGGACAGAUUAAAUGAACAGCGGGAACAGGAUCAAUUUACAGACAUCACUUUGAUUGUAGAUGGUCAUCAUUUUAAAGCUCAUAAAGCUGUUCUUGCUGCCUGCAGUCAGUUUUUCUACAAAUUCUUCCAAGACUUCACUCAGGAGCCUCUAGUAGAAAUUGAAGGUGUAAGUAACAUGGCCUUUCGUCAUUUAAUUGAGUUUACAUAUACUGCAAAACUAAUGGUCCAAGGAGAAGAGGAAGCAAAUGAUGUCUGGAAAGCAGCUGAGUAUCUUCAGAUGUUGGAAGCCAUUAAAGCACUUGAAAUCAGGAACAAAGAAAAUACAUCAUUGCUUGAAUCAAAUCAAGUUCAAGAUACAAAUAAAGCCAAAAAGAGGAAGAUAGCAGAGACCUCCAAUGUUAUUACCGAAACACUGCCCUGUGCAGAAUCUGAACCAGUUGAAAUUGAAGUGGAGAUUGCCGAAGGGGCUAUCGAUGUGGAGGAAAAUAACAUUGAAUCACUGGAGGAGGUGGCUUCUGCUGAACAGCCAAUAAAGUAUAUACAGACCACAGGUACUUCAGAUGACUCUGCUUUAGCUCUUCUGGCAGAUAUCACCAGCAAGUUCCGCCAUGGAGAGAGGAAGAGUGAAAUUCAGGAGGAAUGUGAGAACCUUUCUGAUCCAAUGGGCAAACAUGUGGAAGGCAUUGAGAUCAUGGAACUUCAGCUGUCGCAUGUCAACAAUCUUUUCCAUUGUGAAAAGUGCAAUCGCACAUUUAAAUUCCUUUACCACUUUAAGGAACAUAUGAAAACACACUCCACUGAAAGUUACAAGUGUGACCUAUGCAACAAAAGAUACUUGCGCGAGAGUGCGUUGAAGCAGCACCUUACUUGUUACCACCUUGAUGAAGGUGGGGCAAACAAAAAACAAAGACCUGGCAAAAAAAUACAUGUUUGCCAAUACUGUGAUAAGCAGUUUGACCACUUUGGACAUUUUAAAGAACAUCUUCGGAAACAUACAGGUGAAAAACCAUUUGAAUGUCCAAAUUGCCAUGAACGUUUUGCUCGGAACAGCACGCUCAAAUGUCACCUGACAGCAUGCCAGUCUGGUGCUGGUGCUAAAAAGGGACGGAAGAAGCUUUAUGAAUGCCAGGUCUGCAACAGUGUAUUUAACAGCUGGGAUCAAUUCAAGGACCAUUUGGUAAUACACACAGGUGACAAACCCAACCAUUGUACCUUAUGUGAUGUGUGGUUCAUGCAAGGCAGUGAACUCCGGAGGCAUCUGCAAGAAAUACACAACAUUUCAGAGCGAAUAGUAUCUGAGGACAUUCUUCCAGUGGACAGUGAUCCAGUGGCAUCCAUGACAAUUAUAGAGCAGGUGGAACAAGUUCAUGUCUUGCCCGUAAUUCAGGUCCAGGUGGAUCCAGCCCAAGUGACUGUAGAACAGGUGCAUCCAGAUUUGAUACAGAAUAAUCAAGAAAAACAUGAACAAAUAGCAGAGCUACAAGAGCAGGUUGAAAUAAGCUAUUUAGAAGUUGAGCACAUUCAGACUGAACAAGGCACUGAAGUACAUAUGGAAGAGCUGGAUGUGGAACAUGUGAACCAGUUACAAAUGGAAGAAGUUCAGGCUCACCUUAUGGAAGAAAAUGACCUAGAACAGGUAGAGUCAGGGCCUAUGGAUCAAGAACUGACUGCAAGCACAUCUAUUCAGGUGGAUGAAGUGGAAGCACAUGGAGCAGAUCAUGAAGAAUCUGAUGAUUUAAAAACUCAGCCAAUAGUGGAUAUGCAAGAGGAAAAGGUGGAGAGCUAAACAAUGUUGACUGCAUUAUCUGUGAUUUGGAAAAAAAAAAAGUUAUACCAAAUUAUUUUUGUUAAUUUUCUUGUUUGACUUUUGCCCUACCCAUGGGACAGCUCUCUUGUAUCAGUGCCCUUAGGGAAGUGGACAGGUGGACCAAAGUUAGAAUAUUUGAUUAAACUCCCCUUCUUUAUUUCUAGGAAGGAAAAAAACCCUUUUGUGUGUAUGUUUUCUUAAAUAAAAUACCAUGGAACAAAGGCUAUUCUGGAGAUGAACAGCUUUGUGUGAAGUUUAAUUGUAGAGUUUUGCUAGAUUGUACAAUUAGAUUAUACUGUUUUGUCAUUGUGAGAAAUUUCUGAAGUAAGUUCUGUUUUCCUUUCAGAAUAUGAGUUUAGGGUUAAAACGGCAACGUUAAUAUGGAUUACCUAUAAAUUUAGGUAAUCUGCUUAAAAAAAAAAAGAUAUUUUUUCCUUCUUUCCCAUUUAAUAUUUUGCAGUAGUUGCAUUAUUUGCCGACGUUCCUAACUUUAAGCACUAUUUUCAAGGUCUAGAAGGUUAUUGGGAUGGAGGUAGAGUGUGCUUAGGUUUUGUGAAAAAAACAAAAAACCUUCGUGCCUUCACACAACGAAGUAAUUAAACUUCCACAAAGCUUUUACGAUUCUUACAAAGCUAAUACAAAAGGCAGUGUACAUACUAUUGUAUAGUGCUUUGUAAUCUUGCUUACGAUUGUUCGCUAUCAGGGUUUUUUUCUGCAUUAAAAUAAACUUGGAUGGGGGAAAACGGAUUGAACACUGGCAAUUUUUUUUAAGGGCCAAUUAUAAUAGGAAAAUGCAGCUGCGUCUGUAACGAGAUAUGAGUUGGCUAAUAGGUUGCACUGGCAUCUUAUCACCAGAUUUUUAUUUUUUAGAAAAAUGGUACAUUUUAUAUUUAAAGGAAAAAAACAUUAAAAAUACAAAGUAAAUGUGUCUACGCAAUGCAUCAGGCUACUGUUUUAUUAUUUAAACUUUAUGACCCUUUACUGAAAGAUCUUGUGCUUAAAAGGUUUGAAAAAAAUCCAAAGCCAUAAGUAUGAAUGUUUUAACUGUGGAUUUACAAAAGUAGGAGUGUAAAUAUUUUAAUCAGUAUUAUUGGACAAUAAAACAGUAC